UAACAUUCAAAAGGUUGGAACUCAGUAGCAAAAUACAAGGUGAUGUCGAACCGUAUUCAGGACUUGAGCCAGUGAUUGACUGCCGUAGCCACCAUCUGUGUGAACGGUAUCCGACCUGUAGCUGGAGGAGAUUGCAGCUGUGAACUGACCCAUUGCGCCAAAAAUGGUCGAGAGUCCCGGGCUUCUUGCCUCUCUUGUUCCUGCUUCUCUCUCUCCCGGUUCUCCUUUUCUUUCUCUUGCCUUUCCCUCUCUUGCCUUUCUCUCUCUUGCUUCUCAGCUUCCAGCUUUUUAUUGAACUCCUCUCGUACCUGCACGAGCUCCUGCCGAUGAUCUUCGGCGAGCUUCUUCAGUGCUGCAUCAGCCUUCUCCUUCUCAGAAGCCUGCGAGCGCAUCUUCUCUUCGACGGAGACCAAGCUCUCCUGCAAUGCCUGAAUAGUCUCCAUCUGUUUCGCUGAAUGUCCUUGGAGAACCCGUAGCUGAUUCUCCCUCUCCUCCAUGGCGGCCAUCAACUGCUUUGUACGUUCUUCAUGCUUCUUCCGAUACCCAUCGUUCUCUUCGCGCAAUUGUCGGCGUUCAUUCUCGAAUGCAGAUAGCUGCUUUCGGACGUCAAAGAGCAACGUGUUGAGGUCCUCAAGUUCUUCUUGAUGCUUCUUGUCCUUAAACGCCAAGACUUCUUUCAUCUCCUCCUUGACACCUCUCAACUCCUCCUUCUGCUUCUGGAUCUGAGCAUCGAGUUCGGCUCUGAGGUCCAGUCCAGCGGAUGUCUCGCCGAUACUCUUGUGCUGGUCAACAACCUCUUGCUGAAUCGACAAAGCCUGUGUUUAGAACCCCUCUCGAGGGCAGGCUUGUAGAAGAGGUCAUUGGAGGCCAGCUCCUUCUCCCUCUUGUCGCCAAUCUCUG